CAAUGAUCAGUAUGCAACCAUGAAAGCGGUUACAAUUUCCUUGUUUGUAUUUCUUCUUGUCAUCGCGGCCACUGUUAUUAGCUUUUGUGAUGGGAAUUCCAAUGUCCUUUGCAUUGAAAGUGAGGGGCAAGCCCUUUUGAAUUUCAAGCAAGACCUUAUUGAUCAAUCAAACAGGCUAUCUUCUUGGGUUGAAGGUGAGGAUUGCUGUGAGUGGGUUGGUGUUUUCUGCAAUAACUUGACUGGCCAUGUCAAAGAGCUGCACUUGGGUCUUCUUUCAAAAGGACCUGAUGCGGAUGAGCCGGUUGCUGAAUGGGGUGCUUACCUUCGGUCAAAGCUAGGAGGCAAAAUAAAUCCUUCUUUGAUCGAGUUGAAGCAUAUCAGUUUCCUAGACUUAAGCAACAACGACUUUGGAAGCCUGACAAUUCCCGAAUUCAUUGGGUCGAUGAAGAGCUUGACAUAUCUUAACCUUUCUCUGGCAAAUUUCCAAGGACAAAUUCCCCAUAGUAUUGGAAAUCUCUCAAAAUUGCUUUAUCUUGAUCUUGGACACAAUCCCCUAUUUGAAGCUAAAGCUCUUCAAUGGGUUUCUGGUCUUUCGUCUCUGCAGUACCUUGAUUUGAGUGAAGUAGAUCUUCGUAAAGCAACUGAUUGGCUGCAAUCAACGGAAAACCUUCCUUCUUUGGUGGAGUUACACUUGUCAAGAUGCUCUCUAAAUAAUGAUCCAUCUCCAAUCAGUGUUAAUUACACAUCUCUUGCUGUUCUGGAUCUUUCCAGAAACACGUUGUCUUCGGUGCCUACGUGGAUAUUUAGUCUUGUUAGUCUUGUGUCCAUUGAUCUUAGCUCUAAUGGAGUUGAAGGUGUGAUUCCCAAUGGUUUUCAAAACAUGUCUUCUCUCAAAUUUCUUGAUCUUAGUAGGAAUGCCUUCUCUUUAUCGACACUCAGCUGGUUUUCUAAUUUAAACCGACUUCAAUUCCUUGGUCUUAGCAGUGCCGGCCUGCAAGGUAAUUUUUCAAGUGCCAUUGGAAACUUAAGCUCUCUUACUCAUCUUGAUGUUUCACAUAACCAGCUUGAAAUUAUAGAACCUAAAUGUUUGGAGAGUCUUUGCAUUAUGAGGGAGAUGGAUUUAUCAUAUAAUGGAAUUGAUAAUGAGGUAUCAGAAAUCAUAGAGAGUUUGUCUAGAUGUAGUUUGGAUCGAUUAGAGUCAUUAAAUAUUGCAUCUAACAAACUUUCUGGCCAUUUACCUGAUCAACUUGGCCAAUUUAAAAAUUUGGCAUACCUUUCCCUUUCUAGAAACUCCAUUUCUGGUCCCAUUCCAUUCUCAAUAGGGAAGUUGUCAUCAUUGAAAGUUCUUGAUGUUUCAUACAAUCGAAUGAAUGCAACUCUUCCUCAAAGUUUAGGACAACUUGGGAAUUUGGAAGAUUUAGACGUUAGCUAUAAUGUGUUGGAAGGAAAUAUAUCAGAAAUGCACUUUUCUAAUCUCACGAGAUUGAAAUUUUUUUGGGCAUCUAACAACGUGUUAACGUUUAAACCAAACCCAAGUUGGAUUCCUCCUUUUCACUGUAAAAGUAUUGGAUUGGGUAACUGGCAUCUUGGUCCGCAAUUCCCUCAGUGGCUACAAUUCCAAAAGAACUUGUCUUUUUUAGAUAUCUCCAGUGCUGAAAUUUCAGGUGUCAUUCCCACUUGGUUUUGGAACCUUUCGACUCAAUUUGAAUAUCUAAACCUUUCCCAUAACCAACUAGGCGGGGAGAUUUCAUAUUUAUUGAUGAGUUCGAUGGUUGACUUGAGAUCCAACCAAUUCACAGGUCCAUUGCCACGGGCAUCCUCUGAUUUGGAGUUUUUAUUUUUGUCUAAGAAUCUAAUUUCAGGAUCCUUAUCUAGUUUUCUUUGUAAUUCCCAAACUAAACUGGCAACUUUGAGCAUUCUUGACAUUGAAUCAAAUCUUCUGUCAGGUGCAAUUCCAGAUUGUUGGAAAUUUUUGGGAAGUUUGCAAGUUUUAAAUUUAGGAAACAACGAUCUAACUGGGACAAUUCCUAUAUCCUUGGGAUGUAUGGUUCAUAUUGGGUUAUUAAACCUUCGUAACAAUAACUUAUUUGGAGAAGUACCAUCCUCAUUGCAGCAUUUAAAUGGUACGCUUAUUCUUGAUCUUAGUGAAAACCAACUGACGGGAAGUAUUCCAGCAUGGAUUGGAGACAAACUCUCAAAACUCGUGGUGCUAAACCUCCGUUCAAAUAACUUUCAAGGCUAUAUUCCUGAUCAAAUUUGUACUCUUAAUUCUCUUCAGGUCUUGGAUCUUGGUUAUAACAACAUUUCAGGAGCUAUUCCAAAAUGUUUUAGUAACUUAAGUGCCAUGGCCACAAAACCCUCCGACCAACACCUAAGUUAUUGGGCUUUCGAAUUAGACUUUGAUAACAUGUUUUAUUUGGGUGCGUUAUUGGUGACAAGAGGAAGAGAGGAUGAAUACAGUACCACACUUAGACUUGUUACUAGCAUAGACCUUUCAGUUAAUAGUCUCACAGGAGAGAUCCCCAAAGAACUUGGAAAUCUUAUGGGGCUGCGGUCAUUAAAUUUGUCAAAGAAUCUCCAAACAGGAAAGAUACCAGAGAACAUUGGCAAUAUGGAGGUGUUGGAAUCUCUUGACUUGUCGAUUAACCGACUCCAUGGCGAAAUCCCUUCAAGUUUCUCCAAUUUGAAUUUCUUGAAUCACUUGAACUUGUCCUACAACAACUUGACGGGACAAAUUCCAUCGGGCACCCAGCUCCAAAGCUUUGACAGGUCUUCUUACAUUGGCAAUCAUCUUUGUGGACCUCCAGUCACUAAAAAUUGCAGCGGAAAUGGCGAAACGCCUGAUUUUACAAAUGGAGGUAGCAGUGGAGGAAAGAAAAGAUCUAAGGUGAAUUGGCUUUAUGUGAGCAUAGUGCUUGGAUUUGUGAUGGGGUUUUGGGGAGUUGUGGCUCCCCUGUUUUUCAUCAGGUCUUGGAGGUUUGCUUAUUAUCAAAAACUGGAGCAAAUUGGUGAUAAGCUAUACGUGUUUUGGGCUACUAUUGGUAUAAGUGAUAUUACAUGUUGUUUUUUAUUUUCUUUUCGGGAAAGAAGAGAUAUUAACUACUUUUUCCUUGAGCAAUAUGUGCAAUUGCUAAGGCAAUUUGGACCCAACUUUGAACUAGAUGAAGCUCUAAUUGUGAAACAUUAUUUGGCUGAAGGUUACCGAAUCACUAUCGUAAUUUAUAACUAA